GAGGACGCACGGUGCCGACGUAAGACGUCAGAAGAGCAAAGCAUGCUGGGAAGUGUAGUUUUUACCAUCAUGCUCUGUGGGAAAAGGGGCGCUGCACAAUCAGAAAGACGACCACCUUGCAGGAGAAGGACGCUUCCCCACAGGAUCCGGGCACUGACAACAUGACCGAGGAUGAGAUUGAACUGCAAGAAAAACUCGACCACUUUCCAGAUGACUUCAACCAGCUGGAUCUACUGGAAACCCACCGACAUCUGAUUCCUACAGGAACCCAGAGCCAUUGGCCAGGGGAGUCUGAGGAAGAUGAGGAGGAAAGGACCGAGGAGUGGUACCAGACCCAGGAGGAGAACCUGAAGGACAACCACAAGGAGUUAAUACUUUUUGCUGCGGAAAAUAACAGACUACAAACCACGCAAAGAAUCCUGUCGCUCCACCCAGAUCUUGUGAACGUGACGGAUGAAGACCAUUACACCCCGCUGCACAGAGCCUCGUACAACGGCCACCUGGCAAUAGUGCGGGAGCUGAUCGCGAAGGGGGCGGAUGUUCACGCGGUGACGGUAGAUGGGUGGACCCCGCUGCACAGCGCCUGCAAGUGGAAUAACACAGAGGUCGCCUCCUUCCUGCUCCAGCACGGCGCAGACAUCAAUGCGCAGACUAAGGGCUCCCUAACACCGCUGCACCUGGCCGCCGCCAACCGGGACUGCUGCCGGCUCCUAGAGCUCCUCCUCAUGAAUCGCUACAUCAAACCCCAACUGACCAAUAAGUUGGGGGAGACGGCUUAUGAGAUCGCCCGGCGCACCGACAUGUACCACUACCUGUUUGAAAUAGCAGAUUAUUGGACCUAGCCCCCAUCCACCGGCAGUAAUAAACGUCCUUGCAGUUGUCACUUUCUGUGUACAUGUCUGGUCCUCU